AUGCGCAAAGAAUAUGAACACACAAGCGCCAAGACACCAGCUGCUCGAAUGCCCCCGACGAAGGCAUCAAUGGAGGUAUUAAGCACACCCGCAGAUCUCGUCGGCCGCGCGCAAGUCACGCCGCCGUGCAGAACUGAUGGAGAUUUGGAUAUAAGUGAGCCAAACGUACCCGGUGGACCUGUAGCUCUGACCGUUUCCGAAGCCGAUGACGUUAACCCGCAUGCAGAUCAACCGGAGCCGAAAACCUAUCAGCAGGCGCGCAAAGGCAACAACGGAGGAGGGCGUACAAAAUUUCAUUUCGUUCCCGACGGACUUGUCAUUACGAAAGAAGAGCUUAAGGCCCUCGAAGCUGAUAUCGUGGAUAAAGUUGAACUGCUUCACGGGCAGAGCCUGUACGAAUUGAAGCAGACAGGUCGCCCCUGGUAUGAACACCUACAUCGUUUAUUGGUCAAGCUUGGGUUCAGCCAAUGUGUUAUGGAUGCAUGCUUGUAG